UUCUUCUUCAGUCAAGUUCUGAUUUCUGAACCCCAUUUGUAAGAAAAAAGCGAUCUCCAAACAGUAGUCUCAGAUAGUCCGGCUCUUAAUUUCCUCUUCCACCGUCGUCCUUCGUGUCUUUAUUAUCAUCAUCGUCUUCUUCUUCUUCUUAAUUACUUGGAUUCUGCGGUCCGCUUCUUUUGAUUUUUGGGAAAAUAGCGUGUGAAUUACUCGAUGGCAACGAUGGGGCAAAACAAUCUCAACGCGAAAUUGGUUUUACUCGGUGAUAUGGGAGCUGGGAAAUCGAGUCUCGUUAUGCGAUUCGUCAAAGGUCAAUUCCUCGAAUUCCAGGAGUCGACAAUAGGGGCUGCGUUUUUCUCUCAAACGCUGGCUGUCAAUGAUGUGACGGUCAAAUUCGAGAUCUGGGAUACAGCCGGCCAGGAAAGGUAUCAUAGCUUGGCUCCGAUGUACUAUAGAGGAGCAGCUGCUGCAAUAAUCGUUUAUGACAUCACUAACGCGGAUUCAUUUGUAAGGGCUAAGAAGUGGGUGCAAGAACUUCAGAAACAAGGUAAUCCUAACAUGGUGAUGGCACUUGCUGGGAACAAAGCUGACUUGGAAGACAAGAGAAAAGUGACUGCAGAAGAGGCACGCUUAUAUGCUGAAGAAAAUGGCCAAUUUUUCAUGGAAACUUCUGCCAAAACUGCUUCCAAUGUCAACGAUAUCUUUUAUGAAAUAGCUAAGAGAUUGCCUAGAGCUCAACCUGCUCAAAACCCGGCAGGAAUGGUUCUUGUUGAUAGACCAGCUGAUGGAGCCCGAGCUGCUUCAUGCUGUUCUUCGUAACUGUAGCAAAUCCUUUUCGGAAUUCGACAUAUAGCAUGAAGUUCCAAUGUUCUAUCGCAAUUUUAUGCAUCACCUUGUUAUAUUCUUCUGUUAGUUAAUAACUCAAACUGAAGGAUGUAAAUCAAUUUAGAGACAGACUGCUUUGUGUGAAUAAAUAUAUGUUGGCUCUUCUUA